GGAAAGUAGCUAGAAUGUAGCUUGCGGUGUCUGGUAUUUACUGAGCGUUUUACACUUCACACUGGGGGAAGGGUGCAUGAAAGGAUUUGGUUGUUUGACACAUUUUUAUUUUUUAUAUUAAGAUAUAAUAACCAGGGAUUUUCGAAAGGAAGAUGCAACACGAUCACCAAAACCAUGACAUGCACUCCAUGCAUUCCACAUCCACGCACCAUCCGCCAGAUCACACCAUGGAUCAUGGAUCUGGAGACCAAGGACACAUGAUGAUGCAAAUGACCUUCUACUUGGGUUACAAAAAUGUCGAGCUGCUGUUUGCUGGCCUGGUUAUCAACACCCCUGGAGAGAUGGUAGGUGCCUGUAUCGGAGUGUUUCUAUUGGCUGCUUUCUACGAGGGACUGAAGAUCGGACGUGAGGUCCUGCUGAGGAGGAACCAAAUCAGCGUACGCUACAACUCCAUGCCAGUUCCCGGCACUGACGGGACGGUGCUAAUGGAGACACACAAAACAGUCGGACAACGGAUGCUGAGUCUGGCACACGUUUUCCAGACGAUACUUCACGUCAUCCAGGUGGUGAUCAGCUACUUCCUCAUGCUGGUGUUUAUGACCUACAACGGCUACCUGUGCAUAGCCGUGGCCUUGGGAGCCGGCGUGGGUUACUUCCUGUUCAGCUGGAAGAAGGCAGUAGUGGUGGACAUUACAGAACACUGUCAUUAAGCCUCUAAUCGGCCAUGUCCUCUCUCUUUCUCUCUCUCUCUCUCUCUCUCUCUCCCUCUCUCCCUCCACACAAAUACACCUAUGGGAAAAAAUGUAAAAGAAGAAAAUGCACCACAAACAUACCAUAGAAAUACAUGAUAUGUCUUUGAUGCUGUAUCACUUUGAAGGCACAAAAGUAGUGUCAGGCUGCUCCAUCAGUGACAUUUUAAAGUCUUUCCCCCUGAAUUAUACUGAAUUUUAGCCAAUUUUACCCCAUCUAAUUACCCCUUAAUGAUGUGGACUCAUUCAGGACCAUCUCAUGAUCCCUUACAAUCAUACACCAUUCUUCGCAGGACCUGUGAAAUGCACAGCCUUAAAUUCUACCUCUUCAUUCGGAAACUGAUCACAUCUCUGGGCACAUUUUGCCUUAAAACUGAAAUGAUUACGAGGAGGAAAUAGUACAUGGUGAAAUACUACAGGAUUUACUGACUUUAAAAAAUUUUACAGAGUAAAUAUAGUGGAUCUGUCUGGUUGUGAGACUGAAAAUACACCACAGAGUGUCUUUUUUUUUUUUUUUUUUGGUAAUCAUAAUAGCUGAAAUUGCAGACACGAUAAUCAUCAAAAUGUUAAUCAGUGACCGGUUCAGACAGCGCUGAAUUAUCGAAUGCUCACGUUAAGAGAGGGAGAGGAAAAACCAGAUCAUGUCAUCUGCCAAGCUUUGGCACUUUGUUUAAGAAGCUGAAACUGAAAUUUACUCCAUAUGAGGAGAACGGUCCAUACAGUCGUAGACUAUCUGAUUCUGAUGCCAGUGUCUCCGUGAAGAUUCUUGUUUUUUAUAAUUUGUAUUUGAACUAUUCUAUUACUGUCAAGUACAUAAAGUCUAUUGUUAUUUUAGUUACUGACAUCACUUGUUUUUAUGUAACGUUUAAAUGUAUGCAGCAGAUGCAGUUGUGCUCUUUAGAAGUAAUCCUAUUAAAUUAAAUCUAAUUUA